AUGUCUGACUUGGCUUUCAAUAACUAUUGUUUAACUUGUGAUAAGUUGUGUUCUCAGAAUUCAAUUUAUUGUUCUGAAGAAUGUAAAUCUGUUGAUGAAUACAACGCGGUUAAUAUAAUAGCUAAACAACAACAACAUCAUGAAUCAUCUGGUUCUCAUCUGAGAAACAAUUCUGCAUCUACUAUCACCUCAGACAACUUGGUAUCUCCAUUAUUGACUCCAGCAUUAUAUCAACAUACUAGCAAUUCAUAUUUGGAUAUUAAUUCAUCACCAUUAUUAUUAUCUACUGUUAGUUCAAGUAAUACUCAACCAAGUAAAGAUUUAGAUUACUUUGAUUUGAAUUAUUCAGUUAAUUCAAAAACUAAUUAUACUUUAGCAUCAUCAAAUUCUGAUAUUAUGAGUACCAUUCCUUCCACUUCCCAUAAUUAUAGAAAGUGGUUGACUGCGUGUUUAUGA